GCAUCAUUAGCUCUUCUGAAAUUUUAACAUUGACAAGAAGUAUAUGUUAUUGUUAGAGCACACUUUUUUGUAUGUAACCCAUCCUUUCUCUAACUUUUUUCAAAUAUACAACACAAAUGCCUUUAAUCUAACACCACUAAACUAAAAUUUAAUGCCUAUCUUCAGUGAAACAUAGAAGGAAGAGUGCCACUGCUAUUGCUGCAUGGCUCUAAUACUUAGAGGGUGACUCAUGGCCUUGAGUAGCAAGCACUCACUACUUGUUGGAGAUGGUUUUGAUUAAGUCUAAUGAACUGAGAGGUAAUGAGUUGAUUAUGAAUUAAGGGAGAUGCUUCUCUGUCAAUGUAUUCUAAUGUGUGCUCUAUCUUUUCCUAGCACCCACUUGUUCAGUAUUCUCUGCAGCCUGAAAUAUGAGAUUCAAAGGGAAUUAGAGAACGUUGCUUCUAAAUUAUGGAAUUAUUGCUUCAUAGUAACCAUCAGGAUGAGGGCUUCCUUUACACUUUUUCUUCUUUAUUUCCUUCAACUUGCAAGUUUUCCACAUUCUAUGCUUAAGAUUGUUCACCAUCACUGACUGCAUCCAUUCUUUGUCCAGUCUUUUAUAUAGUCCUAACACUGACGCCAGUUUCUCGUUUCCUACUUACUUUACAUGCAAUUACACAGUAGCAUUUCAAGACAUACUAUUACUGAUUUGGAGAAACAGGUGUGGAGAACUUUGGUCUUUUAAAAGCGAGGAAGCAACAUAGUAGGUGAAAAAAAAUGUUCAGGAGAUCUGUGGAUUGUGAUGUGGUAAAGGAGGGGUAGGCAGAAAGCACAAACUGAAUCCUAGAGUUACACACAGUGCUUAAUUUGAUAAGGCAGAGUGGAACAGUGGAUUAGACUACUUAGCCCCCUGAGCAAAGCUUCUUGCAAGGAGAAUCUUUUGCCUUACAUUAAAAAGCUUCCAGUUUCCCUGUUGUCUUGUAGCCUGAGUAGGAAAGUAUGGUAGAGUUAUGUUCCUAGCUUCUUUCUUUUUGCCAUCCUUUUGAGAUUACAUAGUCACACAGAAACACAGAAUUGUAGGGGUUGGCAGUGGGCACUGGGGGUCAUCAAGUCCAGCCCCCCUGUUAAAGCAAGUUCCCUGCAGUAGGUUGCACAGGAAAGCAUCCAGGUGGAUCCUGAGUAUCUCCAGAGAAGGAGACUCCACAACCUCUCUGAGCAGCUAGUUCCAGAGCUCCAUCACUCUCACAGUUAGACAUUCUUCCACAUGUUUUUAUGGAACUUCCAGUGAUACAGUUUCUACCCACUGCCUCUUAUUCUAUUGCUGCAUGCCACUGAUAAGAGCUUGGACCCACCGACUUGACUCCUGCACUUUAGAUAUUUAUAAUGAGACAUGAGAUCCCCUCUCAGUCUUCUCUUUUCCAAGCUGAAGAGUCCAAUAUCUCUCAGCCUUUCGUUGUGUAGGAGAUGUUUCAGACCCCCAAUCAUUUUAGUGGCCCUUCACUGAACUCUCUAGAAGUUCCCUGUCUUUUUUGAACUGAGGAACCCAGAACUAAACACAGUACUCCAGAUGUGGCCUCACCAGGGCAGAGGAAAUGGGGAGGAUCACCUCCUUUGACCAGCUGGCCUCACUCUUCUUCAUACACCCAAAAUACCGUUGUUCUUCAUGGCCAACCUGAUAUCCACAGUGACACUUAAGACCUUCUCCUCAGAGCUCCUUUCCAGCAUGUUAUCCCCUGCUGAGACUAAUGGGAAAAAUCCAGAUUAUUUCAUCCCAAUUGUAUGUUCAGGAAUGUCUGUCAGGAAGAGGGUAGAACAGUCAACACCUUACACCAACCUGUAGCCUAAUGUGAUUGUGUGAGUUCUGCAUUAUCUGGAAGUAAAAGCAGCAGGUGGGUUGUUUCCAGCACUGCUUUGUUGUGAGGUUCAGUCUCCCAUUUUGGAGCUGCUGCCAGGUCGCAGGGCACCCCUUCCACCUCCAUCGGGCAGAAACACACCAGAAUCUCAGGCAGUAUCCAUGAUCCAGAGCAUUUCUGUUCCAGAUCACCACCUCCCUGACAGCUGGGAUCCUGCACCUCUGUGCAAGAGAUGUUAUUAGACUUUAUGGCUGUUACCUUAACAUUGAGAGCACAGCUUUUCUUCUUUUUGGAGUGUGGGACUCUUCCAGUAGAUAUGCCCAAUAUAGCUUUUAAUCCACUUUAUUGGGCUACCAGUGGCAAAUGAGUCUCGAUAGUACAUGCUCUGCACUUAAGCACCCAAGCUGGUUUGGGUGCUGGCUGCAGAUUCUCAACUCCAACAUAUUCACUGCAUUUGAUACCUAAGAUUAGUAAAUUUUAAACAGUAAUUACCAGCAUUACUACAGUAGUCUUUCUGAUUGUACUGUAGGCAUACACUUUGUCCUCAUGCUUCAGGCAUUUUUGUAAUUAAUAAAUAAAGUAGAUGGGCCAAAAUAAUAAAAACUUAAGUUGCUAAAAUGAGAAUUGCCAUUUAUCUAAAAGCCCCAGUUUCUCUUCCCUUAACACCUGGGAUAUUGCUUAAACGUCUAGAAAAGACAUUUCUGAAAAUGAUAAUACACUGUUUUUUUUCCCAGUCAUUCACUGACUAAACUCUUUAGAGGUAGACAUGGGCUUCCAACCUUACUGCAGUUUAAGUUCUUAAUUUCUACUGGGUACAGAGUGAGUAUAGUUCUAAGAUAAUAGGAUAAAAAGUAAUGUCAUGGAGGAAAGUUUCUUGGGAUAGUUUUUUUUCUCUAGCAAAGCCCUCAUUUUAUUGCCGUUUAAAAAUUCUGUUUCACAGACCGACUCUCCAAUCAAGGUCCAGAUGCCUUUCUUUGAGUAGCCUCCCAAUGACCUCAGCAAACGUAUCAAGAAAUGGCAUUACUCACUGGGAAUGCAGAUCCUGCGUUCAGCUCCUACUCCUUCAAUAAGUUGGAAAAUUUGUGUGAAGUGCAAACCAAGAAAGGAUUUUUCUACAGAAAGGCCAAACUUUUGCACCCCAAUGAAGACUUGUGCUACUUAGCACGCCUGGAUGACCGGACCAGGUUUGUGAUCAUCAAUGUAGGUGGUAUUAAAUACAAAAUUCCUUGGACCACCUUGGAGAACUGCCCUUUGACCAGGCUUGGGAAGCUAAAGUCUUGCAACAAUUAUGAUGAGAUCAUGAACAUCUGUGAUGACUAUGAUGUUAGCUGCAAUGAAUUUUUUUUUGACCGUAAUCCUAGUGCCUUCAGGACGAUCAUGACUUUCUUGACAGCUGGGAAGCUGAGACUUCUCAGGGAGAUGUGUGCUCUUUCUUUUCAGGAGGAGCUUGUGUACUGGGGGAUAGAAGAGGACCACCUGGAGUGGUGCUGUAAAAAGAGAUUGCAACAGAAAGAGGAGGAGGCAGCUGAAGCCGGGAUGUAUGAAGGGGAGAUGAUGUUUAGUGAAACUACUCAGUGUGCCUUCCAGGACAAUAACUGGUUGAGUUUGUGCAUGAGAAAUCUCAGGGAUAUGGUGGAGAACCCCCACUCAGGGAUUCCAGGGAAGAUCUUUGCUUGCAUUUCAAUCUCUUUUGUUGCCAUCACUGCAGUCAGCCUCUGUAUCAGCACCAUGCCAGAUGUCAGAGAAGAAGAAGAUCGGGGUGAAUGUUCACAGAAGUGCUAUGACAUCUUUGUGCUGGAGACAGUGUGCGUGGCUUGGUUUUCAUUUGAGUUCCUCCUGCGGUCCAUCCAGGCAGAGAACAAGUGUGCUUUCCUGAAAACCCCACUCAACAUCAUCGACAUCCUGGCCAUCUUGCCUUUCUACAUCUCUCUCAUUGUGGAUAUGGCCUCCACAAAAAACAGCAGCAAGCCUGGCGGGGGAGCAGGGAACAAGUACCUGGAGCGAGUGGGCCUGGUGCUGCGCUUCCUGCGGGCCCUGCGCAUCUUGUAUGUGAUGAGACUGGCCAGGCACUCGCUGGGGCUGCAGACUCUGGGGCUCACUGUGCGCCGCUGCACCAGGGAGUUUGGGCUCCUCCUGCUCUUCCUUUGUGUCGCCAUGGCCCUCUUCUCACCGCUGGUGUAUUUGGCUGAGAGUGAACUGGGAGCCAAGCAAGAAUUCACAAGCAUCCCUACCAGCUAUUGGUGGGCUGUGAUCUCCAUGACCACUGUUGGCUAUGGGGACAUGGUGCCUCGUAGCAUCCCCGGACAGGUGGUAGCUCUGAGCAGUAUCCUGAGCGGUAUUUUAUUGAUGGCCUUCCCAGUCACUUCCAUCUUCCAUACCUUUUCCCGUUCCUACAGUGAGCUAAAAGAGCAGCAGCAGCGAGCAGCAAGCAGGCAGAUGCACCAGCUGGAGGAAAGCACGAAACUCGCAGGUGGCGGCAGUUCCCAGUGGCUCACUGCUGCAUCCCCUCCAGAUGCUGCCAGGGAGGAUGGCCGGCCAGUGCUGGACCAGGAAGCCAAGAGAAGUUGUUCACAGCUAAAGAAGUGAGUUGGCAGCACAAGAAGCAGUGAACAUGAGGGGAAGGAUCAAUCUGCAAGCAGAACCCCCCAAACUGCAUAUAUUAGGGAGAGACACACACGAGAUUGUCCCUUAAGAGCAACUUUCAAUCUUUGGGGCUCACUGAAAAGUGUCCCUAGAAACUCUACCAAGUACAGCUUUGCUCCAUCGCUAACUAGGGAAAGCUCUUUUCUCCUGAGCACCUGUUUUUGUGAGUCCCUGGGGGCAGCCAGCCAAGAGGCCGUAAGGAAGCACAGAGUGUGGCCAGGUGCUGCUGCUGAGCAGUGUGCGUGCCACCUCCUCCCUGCCCCGCCGCUGCCUGUGCAGCUCCUCCCGUGCACCCCACACCCUGAAAGUGUGUUCCAGCAGCCCUGCCAAGGAACCCAAGGAACGCAAACCUCAGACAACCAAAGGGAUGAGGAGAUGAGAAGGACAGAAGAAUCCCUUCAGCUUUCCAAGGGGCUUGGUUUGCUCUGUCUUAGAAAUCAGCACUAUGGUCUGGGCUGCCAGCCGCCAGCUCCAACUUUUGCUGCUGCUCAGUAUGCAUUAUUUAGUAAAUAUGCGUAUUUACCACAGUAAGCUUUGUAUCUUAGCCCCGUGACAGAAAUAUACAUAGACAAUCUUCCUGACUAUGGUACUGAAUGUUAAAUUGUUGGGUUCUUUUUCUUUGCUCACUGUAGAAUAUAACAAAUACCUUUAGAAAUCACUUUUCUCCACCCUCUUUUAAUUCUUUCCGUCUCAAAAACAUAUUUAACAGAUGAAUAAGCCUCAAAUAUAUGCAGUCCAAGAAGGGGAGGGCAAUAUUAAGUCAGCAGUGGCUUCCAGCUCUGCAUGAUCUUCCCUGGCAGUGCUGUCAGUGAUUGCAGCCAUGUACAAACAGGGCUGGUCCAAGCGGCAAGAAGUCAGUGUAACUCCUGCAGUGAGCUUCAGCCCGAGGUGAGCACAGCAACUGAGACCUGCAUUAGUUGUUCUUUUCUCCUACUAAGAAAAAGACAUUCCUCUCAUCUAAAAAUUAGAAUUAUUAUUCUGGCUGUUCCUCUCAAUUUUCAAAAAAAAUGCAGUCACUUGAAAGGGAAAAUAAAUCAUACGGUAGCAUCCCCAUGUUUGCUUACUGAUGCCGUUCCUGUUCUGCAGUUCUCUAGUGUGCAGUUUCAUGCUCAGAGGUGUUGUGCAGCUGGCCUAUGUAUGUCAGCACACUGCACGCAUCUCAAAGGACUCUUUCUUUCAGGGAGUGGGAGAUGGAGCACAGUUGCCUCCUGUGCCUACACCUCUGUUGGUUUUAGCAGAGCUGUAGGACCAACCAUGGUGUCACUUCAUGUUUGCCUGUUGCCAGGAAGGGAGCUAGAGCAGAUGUAUUUAAGGUGGGUUUUUUUGGGUUUUAUCAGCUUAUAUUAUAAUGCCUACCCUACACUAGCAGACUUCUGUACUGAGCCAUUCCUUAUAGGAAUGGAGCAAAGGAAAAUAAACGUUACACUUUAUUUUAAUAAAAAUUGGAACCUUUGUUGUCGAACAAGUGCAUCUGGCGGUGCUUACGAUUCAGGUGAUGUGGGAGGUGGUGUUUCUCUGUGUUGGUGUAAAGGCGUGCAUCCCAACGUUCAGCCCCAGUCCCCUUCAACAAACCAAACACAGCUGCCUGCAUAGGGCUGCCAUCUGUGACCUGCCCACUGGGAUCUCAUCUGCUUGUGCCAGCAGAAGGGCCAGGGGAUGCAGGAUGCUGCUGGGGCUGACUCAGACUCCUGGCAAAUCAAUAUCAGUAAUUACGUUGCUGUGACUCACUGCAGAUUUUAAAUUUUUUUUAAUCCUGACACAGGAAUUUCUUGCAUUAAGGCUUAUUAAGGUUUGGCAUCAACACACAGCAUUGUGGCUGGCUAAGUGCACACCAGCAAAGUGAAGAGUGCGUGUGGGCAUUGCAUGGCAUGGUGAUGGGGAGAGCAUUUGUAUGCUCCAUCUUCAGGUGAGCCCUGAUGGAUUCAGCAGGCAAACACACAUCUGAAAGCAUUUCAUGGCAUUUUAUAUUCCAUGCACAUCACAUGCUGUUCAAAGCUACACAUCUGGCAUGAAUGCAGUGAUCAAGCAGCCCUUUGUAGGGUGCAGAAUGCAUCUCCCUGGGGUGGUGAGGGCUAUGAAUCAACAGCAGUAUUAUCUUACUCUUAAAAGAGCCAUCUUAGAGCAGAUAUUCUUGCAGAAUGAAGAGUUUCACGCAGGCACUGCUAACAGAUAACCACUAAUUAAUGCCUUUUUUGAGCCUACAGCAUGGAAAAACUGCACUGAGACACCUAACUGCAUCUCAGCAGCUUUGUGGAGGAUGACACAUCAUAUUAUUGCUGUGCUCCAUUAAGUUGAUAUAGCCCUACAGUAGUGAGUUCUUUGUAAUUUUAAAUGGCAUAUAAUUAAUUCCAGCAUGCGCAGAGUC